AUGGCUGACCAAGUUGACCGGGCUGAUUUAAUUAAGCAGUUCUCUGGUAUUGUUUCUUGCAAUGAACAACAAGCACAAUUCUUCUUGGAAGCCAAUGCCUGGGAUCUAAAUUCUGCAUUAAGCAAUUAUAUUGAAGAACCGAAUGCUUCCUCGGGUUCCAUGGAUACUGAAGAGUCACUUCUGGAAACUCAGUCGAGUACUUCUGUAGACUCUAAAAAUAAAAGUGGUGUCUUUAUGCAAAAUCCUAAUGCUAAACCAACAAAGCCAUCGAAUUCAUUGGUUUCUGACAUCUUAAAGAAAGCAGCAGAAGGUGGUCGUGGACCUGUUGAAGAACCAGAAGCUACUACUUCAGCACAACGUUCUUUCUUUACCGGAGCUGGUUAUAGGCUUGGAAACGAAGAAGAGCCUUCAGUUGUAAUCAAUCCAACAGCUAAUUCAACUACUUCAACAGAACCACUUACUCCGGUUGUUCGUCAUUUAACGUUCUGGAGAAAUGGUUUCAGUAUUGAGGAAGGUUCAUUAAUGUCUUAUGAUGACCCAGCAAACGAAGAAUUCUUAAAAGCUAUUAAUAGUGGACGCGCUCCUUUGUCUUGGUUAAAUGUAAGGCAAGAUCAACCCGUGGAUGUACGUGUAGCUCGUAGGCUAGACGAGGAUUAUAAGCCUCCACCAAAGAAGCCUGCCAAGCCGUUCUCAGGUACUGGACAAAGGCUUGGAAGCCUUACACCGAAUGUAAUUACUAUCAAUACACCAGGUACUUUCCCUUCAACUUCGUCAAGUGAACCUACACCAAGAGCAAGAGAAUUAGAGAUAGAUGAAUCGUUACCAAUAACGUCGAUUCAAAUCCGAUUGGGUGAUGGAACGAGAAUGCGUACUAGGUUUAAUCAUACACACACUGUUGGUGACAUUCGAAAUUUUAUUAACGCCUCACGAGUUGGAGAAGAACAUCGUGACUAUAUUCUACAAACUACAUUCCCGCCAAAGGAUCUUAAGAAUGAACAAACUUUGAUUGAUGCAUCUCUUCUUAAUUCAGUGGUUAUUCAAAGAUAUAUUUAG